CCGUAAAAAAGUGGAUCAUGUUCGACCGGACCCGAGUAGAAAGUGAAACCGCUCCGUACGGAUACUUUAUAAAUUGUAGCAACGACGGUAGCGAGCUCAGUCGAGGCGCACGCGUCGUGCCGCGUCAGUCACGCCAUCUCUGGACGAAAAUGCAUACACUAAUCCUGGCUGCUUUGGCUGCCGUAGCGACGGCGAUGCCAUCCUACAUCGCGGUGCCCGCGGAUCAGAUCGCGUUCGUGGAUCUGUCUGCGUUGCGUGUGCGUCGCGUGCCACGACAGACCCUGUCCCCACCACCGCCGCCACCCCAGUUGCCACUACCACAGCUCCCGCAAGCGUUCUAUGAACAGGAGUACCCUACUACUUUGCAGCAGUAUCAGCAACAGCAAGGCUUGACGCCAGUUCCAGUACCAGUUCAAAUCCAAGUUCAAGAGAAUGAGGCUCCAGCCAGACUCGUCAGACUUCAGCAGCAGCCGCAACAGCAGCUGCAACAGCAGCCGCAACAGCAGCUGCAACAGCAGCUGCAACUGCAGCCGCAACCACAGGAUUCGAUAGGUUCAACUACCUUCGGAGCUGCCUCUCAAUUUGCAGAAAGACCGCCCGACUUCGGGGAGUAUGUGGAUUUCGGGGCUCAUACCGGAGACCAUGGGUCCUUCGGGUGGUAUGCCGAUUACCCAGUGAACAAUCAUCAAGAUUCUAGCUACAGAAAGUAGGUAAAUCAAUGAGCGAACAGAACAAAUCCAAGGAUCAUAGAAAAACUAUUGUAGUUUAUUGAUGAUUAGGAUUUUAGUAGCAAAAUAUUCUGCGUCUCGCUCAGAAUUCGUACCAAAACUAGAUGCUAAAAGUUGCAAUUAUCUUGCCAAGCACUUGUUACUCAAAUAAGACCAAAGACAGUAUUAUUCCAAGUGAUAUCAUUAGGUUUAGGUUCGUAGCUGAAUAACCGCACAUUUGUUACAAACGGUUCAUUCCGCUGAUACGUUUAAUGCACUUUCAACGUUAGUUCCUUUUUAUUAGAGUUAAGUUUACAAAGUACACUGUGAUACGUACGAAGCUUAGGUAGAUGUUUCUUCUUAGAUCUUGCUUUAUCUUCUGUUUCUAUUUCUUUCUUCUUCAUUUCUUUCUUUUCUUGCACUUCACUGUUAUGCUUGCUUGAUCACGCUUUUUAUCACACAUUUUUGUACUUAAAUGCUCAACAUAUCAUCAUUCUAUUGACUUACCUUUACAUUAUCAAUCUUAAUGUUUCAUUUCCUCUAUUCUAUCUAUCUGUUUAUGCAACUACUGUAUCGCUAUAGAAACUAUUUUACAAAUAUAAAUGUUACAAAUGUUAUAUUCUUCUUCGUUUCAUUUCACGCUAACAUUUCAUUAUUCUCUUCUAUAUUCAUGCUCGUUCACAUUAUCAUAUGUACUGCAACUAUUCUAUCUCAUUCGUACCAAAAUCAUACAUUACCUAAUUCAUUACAUCUAUUGUAUUCAUUUCUGCAUGCAUCUUCAAUCAGUUUGCAGCCUAAUGUAAGAUUUGUAUGAUCCAUAUAUACAAUGCUACAGAAAAUAAAGUUUUACUAACUCGACCAAAAAUACUUGGAGAAAAUCUGAGCAGAAAUUGUUAUUUUGUCAUAAAAGAUGUCAGGUACCGUGUCUGUAAGACCUUGAUCGGACUAAGAUGUAACAAACUUAAUCUUAUAUCUACGCUCAUUUAUAUCUUUAAUGCUAUCUUGCCCAUUUAUCUUCAUAUUUCGCCUUUCGAAACAUCGCUACUAUUACACUAUGAUCUUCCUUUCUAUCUUUCAUAAGCUCACCACUUUAGUCUUCAUCAUAUGAACUUACCAUUUCUACAUCACAUUUGUCAUCUCUUAAAUCAUCGACUACAUAUUUCAUUCCAUAUUUCUCUGUCUGCUCAUUACCUUUUUCAUUAUUACCAUAUUCAUAAUCUACACUUUUGACUUUAAAACCUUGACUAUUACUAUUUACAUUUCUGUCUUUCAAAACUCUUUUUGCAGCUAUUUUUAUUUCUUAAUUUAUCAUCUUUCGUAUACAUACACAAAUACAUUAUUUACAUAUCAGUAAUGAUUAUCAUUAUUUUACAUUUUUAUUACUUCUAUAUUCUUCUUCUAUAAAUCGUUUUUAUUACUUCUAUCAUACUUAAGAACUUAUUUAUUUCUAUUCAGUAUUUCUUGACUUCUUCAAAUAUCAUUUAAACUUCUUUUUUCAAUUCUAAAUCUAAAUCUACAUCUGUGAAACUUAUUCUUUCCUAUGAUAUUUCAAAGAAAUAUUUUGUCUUACUUUAUUAUAUCGUCCUGUACUAUCGUUUACUUGACCCAAUUUUAAAUCUAUCUCUGUUUCUCGCCUAUACUAUGUUUCCUAUAUUUCUUAAAGAAACGAAUGCAUUCUUUUCUUUUUUUAUUUUGUUUUUCACUUUUGUUGUCUUGACUUCAUCUUUCAACCUCUAUCUCUAUAACUUAUUUACAUAAAAAAUACUAAAGAUCAGUAUUUUCAAUAUUACCUAUAUCUUCAUCUAUAAAUUAUAAAUACUAUUUACAACCUUCCCCAGUAUCUAUCUUGUAUUUUAUAUAUGUAUCUAUAUUAUACUUUCUUGUCUAUUCUUUCAUUUCUUUAUAUCAGUAUUUGUAUAUUUAUUCUCAUCUUAUAUGAAAAUCUAUCUCUUUACUUUUGAUCUAAGUAUUUAUUAUAUUUAUUUUAUUUUUAUACUUUCAUUAUAUCUUGCUAUAAACUAUUGUACACCUUAUUCUAUUCUAUCUUAAAUUCAAAAUCUAUUUGUCUUUAUCUCCUCUACUUCUUUCCUAUACCUUUCUUCUAUUUUAUUUAUUUCAUCUUCUUUUAUUUCUAUUCCUACAUAUAUCUUUCUAUCUUUUAUACUUUUCUUGACUUUAAAUGUUUAGAAAUAUGAAAUUAUAUUCAUAACAUAUAUCACUAUCAUGAAUAUUUCACAUAAUUUCUUCCUAUCUUUAAAUUCAUAUCUUUUCCGUUUGAUUUCUUAUUCUUUUUUUCCCCAAAUACUUUGACUUUUAUCUACUCUUUUUAUUUCUGUAUUUCUUUAAUACAAUUUAUUUUCUCUUUUAAUUCUUCUUUCUACAAUAUGUUUGAAACGUUCAUCUAAAUAUAUUUCUUAAAUCCUUGGUAUCUUCCCUACAAUCGCUAUCUAUACAUCUACACUUACACACUUUUUCUCUUAUAUCUCUUAUUUUUUUAUCAAGCUUCACUAUCUUUUCAUUUACUCUUAAAACUAUUACAUAUCAACACCUUUUUAUCAUUAUUUUCUCUGAAAAACGGUGCAGUUUUAAUAUUCUUGCCUACCUGUCUGUCACAUUACUAUCAAUCUUAUUUUCAAUCUUUUCCUCGGUCUUUCUUAUUUUUUUCUUCAUUUUUUUUUUAUGUGGUACAUUUUCAUAUUGAUCUGUUACCAAUUUUCUGUUCUCUAUCUUCACUUUACUUAUUUCAUUUAAUUUCUUAUUACUUUAAGUUUCUACAUCUACAUCAUUAUCCUCCAAUCUUUUACUAUUGUUACACCUACUACAACUAUUUACUACGAACUUAUCCUUUUAUUUCCUUUCGUUUCUCUUUAAUUCAUUUCUAUCAUGUCUUUUUCAUUUUACUGGAAAUAAUUAUUAUAUCUUCACUUUAUUCAUUAUUCAAUAUUUUUUUCUUUCAAUACACUUCUAUCAAUCUCUACUCUGCUCCUUUUAUCAAACUUUUUACUUCUUUACCUUUUGAUAGAGCGAGACACUACGUUCUACGAAAUUGAAUAUAAAAAGCCAAAGUAUCUUAUGAUAGGUGAAAUAAUAUGAUUAAAAAAAAAUUAAGAUGGUCUAUCUCAACCAUGUAAUCUUAGCAAAAGCGGGUAUGGAAGAGGUAACUGCGAACUACGAAGUAUUGGUGGAACCUUUGCAAACUAAAGCAUGGCCAUGGAAGAAUGUUUCUACAAAUAUUCUCAGUCAGACAAAAGUAUGGCAGUUUUGAAGUACCUACGCAGAAAUGGAUACGAUACAGUAUUGGAGGCUGCAGACAUGAUGGUGUAUCAAUUUUAUACCAGACUGCAAGAUGGAAAGUUAUGUAAAAUGAUUGAUGCAAGCUUUGAACACACUCCGCACGUACGAGGAUAGCGAAUCUGCCUUUACUAUUUCUAGAUAUGUCAUUUCUAUCUAAACUACCUUACAAACUUUUCUUUUAUUUCUACAUUUACUACAGAAGCAAUUCUUAUUUCUACAAUCUUUACUUUACAGACUUUUUUACUCACUGUUCUUUUGACUUUUGUUCUUUUCUUAACUUCUUUUACACUUCUUCUUAUGCUACGCUUCUUUCACCUACUACUCAUAUUUCACACUACUCUUGUAUCUUUACUUUAUUCUUUUUUCUUUUCAAUGUUCUAUUAUUUCAUCAUUAUCUUUACUCUUUUUCAAUCUCAUUUUUGCUUUUCCUAUACUAUACUCUAUCUUUAAGUCUAUCUCUAUCUUUAUUACUACUAUAUCUUUACUCUUUUCUUUUCUUCAUUUAUUACUCUAUUCUAUUUUUCACUUGCUUAUUUCCUUCUCUCUACCUUAUAUUCUUGCUUAUUCUAUCUUUUAUUUACUUCCAUUUUUAUAACUACUCUUAACUUAUUCUUGCAACUUUUUUAUACUUCAUUUAUACUAUACUGCAUGCUUAUAUUCUUUUUUCAUUUCUUUAUCUGUCUUCUCUCUUCUACUCUACGCUUCUUUCCUUUCUCUAAACACUUCUUUCUGCUAUCUUUCACUUUCAUUUCUUUCUUGCACUAUUCUAUCUUUUUCUCGCUUUCCUAUUUCCUUACUUUAAUCUUCUUUCUUUUUCUCCUUUAUACCAAGCUACCUGGUGCGAUUUAGAACAAAUUACGUCUAAGUAUUGUUGCACAGUAUUGUUAUUUGUUGUUGUUAUUAAAUCAUUGUUGAUUACCUGACUAUUGUUUUCUUUGUUUUAUAUUUCAUUUGAAUCGACGAUUAAUAAAUUGUUGAAACGGUA